UUGAAUGACCAAUGGCCAAAGAUCAUCUCCUCCUCCUUCUCCUCUUUCUUGUUCUACAUCAGUCACUUAGCAUCGCCAUAGAGAAUAAUCAAUGCACCAGCUCUUGCGGCGAGGUCACAAACAUAAGCUUCCCGUUUCGGCUGAAGGGCGAUCCGAAGAUCUGCGGCGAUUCUAAGUAUGAGCUAUCCUGCUUAAAUAACCGGACCAUUUUGAGUUUGUAUUCGGGUGAGUACUACGUACGGCACAUCGACCAUACCAACUACACAAUCAAGCUUGCCGAUGUAGGGAUGAGAAAGGGCAAUUGUUCGUCUCUUCCUCGCCGCUCCUUGUGGUGCGGCAACUUCAGCGACCAUGAUCCGUAUAAUGCUUGUGACUACAAGUCGUCCAUGUUCUAUGGUCGAGAGCCAUCCAAGACCGUUUCGAUUGUGAAAUGCACGAAGGCGGUUGAUUCUCGGUUUUACGUUGAUGCUUCAUCGUGCCUUGAUGGGGUUGAACUUUCGAAUUUUUCUAGUACAAGAAGGCGAAUAUAUGCCAUGGUCCAUGCGAAUGUCUCGAACGUGGAAACUGCAUGCACUAUAGAGCUUAUGGCAAUGAUACCUUGGUGGGUCGAUGGCAAUAAUCUUCGGUCCUAUGCCCAAAUUCACGAACAGAUGGUUUAUGGAUUUGAGCUUUCAUGGCUUCCAAUUGCGGCUAAGAUGUAUUGCAAAGGCCAUUAUUAUUGGUACAUCAUCGACAAGCACCAAAUUCAGUGCGAACCCAAGGAAGGUAAGAACUUUUGAGUUUGUUCAGUUUUCUCAAA